AGAAUAUGUAAAGUAGCAUAAAUCAAAUAAAGAUAUCAUAUACAAUAUCAAAAUACACAGGAUGUAUAAUAUAAAGGGAACUACUACUCCAGGGAUACCCCUAUCUCUUUCAUUAAUAAUUAAUUAAUAGGAGCCUCAUCAAAACUAGUCUGGUAUUUUAACACCUUAUUUCACAAGUACUAAUGGGAAAUUGAGAACAAAGUUUGUGAAGUUACACAUAUGUUACUUAAUAAAGACACUAGUAGGAUUACUCUGAGCAGCACUAUAAGACCACUCUUUGAGCAGCAGAAGGAUUACUCUUUGAGCAGCAAUAGAACUACUCUUUGAGCAGCAGUCUACAUCCUCCAAUAUGAUUCAAGUAGAUGUGUUUUGGUCAUUUGCAAUGGGGGCUCAAUUCGCGGCCAGUGCACCCAAAGGAAUCAAAUAUAGCAACUCAAUGUUUGUCAACAAGUAUUUUGUCUUCACUGUAUGUUUUCUCAGCAUGAUCUUCGCGCCAUCUGGAAUUUACCUCUUGUGGCAGCAUUGUGGAUGGGAGACGAUGUGGCAUUAUAGCAAAGACAUGCAUGGGAUCUGGCCGUGUCUCUUUGCCCACACAAACAUAUCACUAGGUGUGCUGGGCUAUGUGUUGGCCUACAAGUGUAUCAAAGGGAACCAAGAGCUGCUAGCACAUACACUUUGGGUGGGGGCAUACACCUGUAUGUUUGCUAUACUGUCAUUUGGCUACGACAGGUUCCUCUACGCAGGUGAUGCAAAUGAUUGGCAGAACAAUGUUUCAUACCCUUUGGUGGACUUCUUCCAAUCACAGGUCUUUUACACUCUACUUGUGAUGUCAGUUUUCGUGCUGCCACCUAUCUACUAUGCUAUCACAAUCUGGCCAUCAGAAUUUGGAAUCAGUUCAGAAUCAAAAUGGCAGACAAUCAACCAUGCUGUAUAUUCUUUCGCCAAAUUCACAGCUCUAGGUUCUGCCAUCUAUCUGGGUGUGUUCUAUAGUGAUAAUGCCCUGGGGACAUGGGGACUCGAUAGAUUGGUGGCAUUCUUAGUGGGCCAGCUGGCUAUUACAUUUCUAACUGUAGCCCCUAUGGUGCUGAUUAAGGUUACAAAACAAAGAAAGAAAGUACAGUAAAACCUGUGUAAGUGGAACACCUUUGGUCCCUCUAAACAGUAUUCUACUUUCUAUGUUCCACCUACAAGGUUCCACUUACAGAGGUGUUCCACUUACAGGAUUUAUUUUGCAAUCAUUUAAGGUAGGGUCGAUCAUAGUUUGGUUCAUUUAACCACUAUCAUUUUCUCCAAUGGUCAACUCUAACCAUUAAAUCUCUCCCUAACCUAAACUCAGCAUGGGCUACUAC